CACACCGUACACCUGUAGGUACGGUAGCCCGGAGGGGAAAACCACGACGACACAAAAACACGGCGAACGCGUUAAAAAUAACGGAGCGACGUGCUGUCCCACUAACUUUUCAUAAUCACGAUGGAGCUGUCAUAUCAGUCUAUGAAAAUCGCUCAUCAAGCCCGGGAAGCGGAUGAGCUGAAGACUGAGAUGAGGAGGAAGAGCCUCCUGGUUCUUAUCUACCACCACCUGCUGGGGCAAGGCUUUGUAGCAGCAGCCGUGGCCUUGGACCAGGAGACAAAUGGAAGUGUGAGGAAGUUCAAGGUUUGUGAUAACAUUGAUCUGGAGAUGAUGCUGUUGGAGUAUGAGAGCUAUCACUACGUCAAGUUCCAGAAAUAUCCUAAACUUAUCAGAAAAACAGAACCAGGUGAAGACAGAUGUGCAAAAAGUGGUGGAGUAAAGAGGAGUCCCUGUUCAGCUGUGAAGCCUCUUCCCAAAAUUAGCCCAUCUCAGAGCCCACAGUCUGGAGCCAGGAAGUCAGCCACUAGUGUGCAUACCAAUGAGAGUGGCUCCUCUGUUGCUCCAGAGUCAUCAGAGUUUGGUCUCAAUGUUUCCUCCAUCAAAAACGGACCAGCUGGGGAGGCAUCCACCAACAGGAAGCUGACAGAUGGCAAAGGUACAGUCCACGAUGCUGUCAAAGGAACUGGCAUUGACUCAGACCACAUGGUAAUUACAAUGAAGUUUCUGGGCAACUCUGAAGAAAUAUAUUGGUUUAUGGACACGUGUGUGUGUCCAUUUGUAACCGAUAUCUUCCACAUGCGUCUCUCACUCUGUUUGUGUUUGCCCCUAAAGGACAUCUAUUUACACAGCCCCAGUGUGCGGUGGGAGGACAUCGUGGGCCUGGAGGAUGCCAAGCGAUUAGUCAAAGAGGCCGUCGUCUAUCCCAUUAAGUACCCUCAGCUGUUUACAGGUAUCCUGUCUUCGUGGAAGGGCUUGCUGCUCUAUGGCCCCCCAGGUACAGGUAAGACCCUGCUGGCCAAGGCUGUGGCUACAGAGUGUAAGACCACCUUCUUUAACAUCUCAGCCUCCAGCAUCGUCAGCAAGUGGAGGGGAGACUCUGAGAAACUGGUCAGGGUCUUGUUUGAGUUGGCUAGGUACCACGCCCCUUCCACCAUCUUUCUGGAUGAGCUGGAAUCAGUGAUGGGCCAGAGAGGAAGCAAUAUGGGAGGAGAGCAUGAGGGGAGUCGCAGGAUGAAGACUGAGCUACUGGUGCAGAUGGACGGACUGGCGAGAUCAGAAGACCUGGUCUUUGUACUGGCUGCCUCCAACCUGCCCUGGGAACUAGACCACGCCAUGUUGAGGAGGUUAGAGAAGAGGAUUCUUGUGAGUCUACCCUCCUCACUAGCUCGCCAAGCCAUGAUCUCUCAUUGGCUGCCUCCUCUCAGCUCCUCAGGAGGGGUGGAGCUACGAACUGAGCUAGACUAUGAAACUCUGGCAAAGGAAAUGGAGGGUUACUCUGGCUCUGAUAUGAGAUUGGUGUGUAAGGAGGCUGCCAUGAGACCGGUCCGCAAGAUCUUUAGUGCACUGGAGUCGCAUCAGCACGAAGAGACUGACCUGCCUGCGAUUCAGCUGGGAACUGUAACAACAGCAGACUUCCUGGACGUCAUCGCUCACACCAAGCCCUCGGCCCGAAACUUGAUGGACAGAUACACAGCCUGGGAGAAAGAGUACGAGUCAGUCUGACACAAAGGCACAACUUAUUAUGGGAAAAAAAAUUAAGACUACCUCCACAACAUGUAGCUGAUAACCUACUGUGGAGCCAUAGGGAGGGUUGUAUAUUAGCAUAUGCCUUGUAUCCAGUAUUACAGGUUAAUAUGGAAGCACACUGUAUUGACCAAAGGAAAAACAUGGGGGAGCUUAUCUCAUAAUUAUGUGAUAAUGCAGGGGUUCAAACAUUCAGGAACUUGCCUGAAAACCAUCAGGUUUAAUGAAUUCUUUGGUAUCAAAGUAAUUCAGUGAUAGUUGUCAGUACACUCAGUAAUAGAUAAUAUAACGUAGUAUUCAAAAAAUGUAAAUAUAGGCUAAAAACUGCCUUAAAGUUGCUGCCUACUGUGUAACUGACCACAUGUACAGAGCAGGAGUUGGAAAGCUUCAGAACCUGCUUGAGAAUCAUUGGGUUUUUAAGAUUUCAUCUGUAUUAAUGUAAUUGUCUGUAAAUAUAAAAAAAAGCACAUAGCAGAAAUGAACUGACAAGAGCUAGUUUGGUGUACUUGGUGUCAUAGUUAAAGGUAAUGGUGUACUGCACUACAUUAUAUUCUGGUGUUCCUACUAUUAUGACCCUUUCAUGUAUGAAACUGAAGAGGACAAAAAUAGAGAGACCUCUAAAUAAUAAAUAAUGUAGUCAAGUACAACACUACCUGUAACUGACCUCAAUAAUAAACUGAAUUUAUACAAUUUCACCAAAAACUGAAACAUUGAGCUUCAUCAACACAAAUGUAAAGGCGGAAGUCUUGCAUCGAAUUGUAUAAAAGUGGACAGGUGUACCUAAUAAAGUAGCUGGUAAGUGUGUGGUUCUUUAUGCUUUGGAACACCAAGUAUGUCGAAUUACCUAUUAACAGUUCACUUCUGAAUGUACUUGCAACUAUCACUAAAUUACUUUGAUAUAUAAUUCAUUAAAACCUGAUGAUUUUCAGGCACGUUCUGCAACAUGCAAACUCUGCAUUAUCUCAUAAUUACGAAACAAGAUGAUCAGAUUACUUUAGUUUAUAUCACUAUUAUAUGACUGCGGGAGACAUAUUUGACAGUUAAUUUUCUUCUCACAUCAUUUAAUAUGCUACACCUGUUCCACCUCAGCCUCGUAUUUGUAUGAAUAACACAACUGAAGGGAAUAAGUGACAAGACAAGACAUCAAAAUAAUACGAAUAAAUAAAUUCUUACAUUCCGAGUCUUUGCAGCUAUUUUAUCUGCUCUGUUAAAUUUGUGUCCGAAUGAGUCCGAAUUAAAUAAUCACCUGGUGAAUUAUUGUUUCUUUUCCUUUAACAUAUGUAGGAUGAGAGGAAUUAUUUUAUAACGCCGCUAAUCUAAAACAGUGACAACUUGG